UGCUGCUGCUUUUUCAGGGCUGUGAACUCCCAAGCAUGGUGGUGUGUCUGGUUGGAAGUAGGUGGAGAUGUGGGCAGUGGACAGUGAUGUUUUCGGGUGUGGGUGUGUGACUGGCUGUCAGUUUAUGUGUCUAUUUAUGUGAUAUGGAGGGGAGCAAUGCCAGAGUCUGAGGCAGGGCCACACCCUCACCUGUCCAUCCUACUCUUCAGGCUCCAUCCAUGUGCUUACAUCACCAUCGGCAUUCCUAACUCAGGGCACUGGUGACUUAAUGUGCUUGGGUGUGCCCUGGCCCUCCUUCUACAGACUCCAACCACCAAAGGCUGGGACUGAAGGGGAAGGAGGGGAAGAGAGCUAUCACAUACAAGUCUGACAGGGAGGGAGUAGGGGACCACGUCUAAGGGGCCAAGGUGUUUGGUGUCUAAAGCCCUGCUCCUCCCACUACUACUCCUCCCAUCCGUUAUACGAGUUAAUUCAGCCCCGAACCAAUUUCUCACCACUCCCAGUCUUGGUCGUUUGGGGGUGUAAGGUACAGGAUCAGAACUUCAAAUUUGGGCAGUGUCCAGCACCUCCCUUUCCUCCUCUUGUGGAAUCGCGUUGCAGAGUCCGUCCCUGUCAGAGGGGGCGGGGCCGCUCCUUGUGCCGGCCGAGAAAGGGACAUCCCCGGGAGUAGAUGCUCAAAUACAGUCUGCACAGGACUGAAGUCUCCUUGUCGGAUUCUGACGCUGCACCUGGGCGGCUCCCGGCCCCGAACUGAUCACAGACUCGCCCCAGAUCCCAGUCUGACCUAAGUACCUGAACUAACCUCAGACUCUAGGAACUUGGACUGACUAAGCUUGUGAAGCCCAGUGCGGACAGGAACCAGAACCAGGAGCUUCGGCGUUCUACUGGACGCAUAAUCUCAAUCUCCUAUGCAGAGCGGCUCCGGUUCCCGACUCACCCGGCUUCGUGAGCAAACCAUGCUCCUGCCCGGGGCGCCGCUGGCCGCGCUGCUGUUCCUGCUCUGGCCCCUAGCCCAGGUCCCCGCGGCCGCCGCCUCCAGCGCAGCCCCGUUCCGCGUGGGCGCCUUCAACAUCCGCAGUUUCGGGGAUAACAAAGUGGCCGAUCCCGCCUGCUGCAGCUUCAUCGCCCAGAUCCUGGCGGAGUAUGACGUGACCCUGGUUCAAGAGGUCAGAGACCCGGACCUGAGCGCCGUGUCCGCUCUCAUGGAGGAGAUCAACAGUAUAUCCGAGUACACUUACAGCUACGUGACCAGCGAGCCACUGGGACGUGACAACUACAAAGAGAUGUAUCUGUUUGUCUACAGGACAGAGACACUUUCUGUGUUGGAUAGUUACUGUUACCCGGACCCUGAAGAUGUUUUCAGCAGAGAACCCUUCAUUGUCAAGUUUUCAUCUCCAAACACAGCCUCGAAGGAAUUUGUCCUAGUGCCCCUACAUUCGGCCCCACACAAUGCUGUGGCAGAGAUUGAUGCCCUGUACGAUGUCUAUUUGCAUGUGAUUGACAAGUGGGGGACUGAUGACAUCCUUUUCCUAGGUGACUUCAAUGCAGACUGUAACUAUGUCAAGCAGCAUGACUGGGCCAAUAUCAGGCUUCGAACUAGCGAGAUUUUUAAAUGGCUUAUACCUGAUGAUGCUGACACCACUGUGGGCAAUUCUGACUGUGCUUAUGACAGGAUUGUGGUCUGUGGCUCGAGGCUGAGAAAAUGCAUCGCACCCAAUUCAGCUACAGUGAACAACUUUCAGAAGUCCUUCGACCUGGAUCAGACUGCAGCUUUAGCCAUUAGUGACCACUUCCCUGUAGAAGUGACACUGAAAACUCCCUGACACUGAGGACUGUCUCGGAUACUCUUCAGCCUCUCAUCACGUGCAACAAACAGCCCCACAGGACACCAAGCACCAAGGUGGGACGGCUCUCCUGGACUCUAGAGGAGUCAGGUGACUGAUGUUUUCGUUUUUCCAAGCCUGAAGACUGCCAGGACCUAACACUUUAAACUGGUUCAAUCCCUGGCUCCUGGGGUCCUGAAACAGUUCUAGCCAUGGCCCGGAAGCAGGCAUUCCCAGCUCCAACGACAGGCCAAUCCCCUUCCCUUUCCCUGACACCACCAAAUGCUUUCUGCCGGGAACUUUCACUCAGGUUAACAGAUGUGGAAUUCAAUCUAAACCUCAAACACAAAAUCCUUCAGGGGUUUUCUAUGGAUCUUGACAACUAGCGAGAACCAUGGACAAGAUAAUUAAAUUAGAAUGGGAAAGUCCACUUCAAAAACUUACAAGGUCAACAACUCUGAUUUUGGAUGCAUUAACAGAAUGAAUUAAUUUCACAGUUCUAUAUUCCCUGGGCUCGUACUCUGCCAUGGCUCUUCAUAUCCUUGAUUUUACUCUCCAGCAGGAACUGGAGAGCAGGCUGCUGCGACCUGCCCUUUUUUGCAUUUUGAGGUCAGGGCUACUAGCUAACAUAUUGUGGUCAGCAUUUCGUAAACCAGGACAGCAGCUGGCUCCUCUUCAGUUUACCUGGUAAGAGUCUUUAUACUCAGUGUUCAGUAAAAGCCCACUUUAGAGAAAACAACUUUCUGACCACUUGUAUAUUUGAAAAACAGGAAGAUGUCACUUUAACUGGUGUUCCAUCCACAAAAUACUACUCACAGAUAUUAAAAAUUUGGCUUUCCACUGAGCCAGGCGAGGCCCAAGAUGCUCCCUCUUCACCACUCGGUCACUCCUGGGUCAGUUUUUAAAUAACAAAUCUUACAUUUUGUGCUUUGCUGCUUUUCACAUCCAUGAUUUCACUUGUCAUAAAAGCCAUGUGAGUUAUGUAGUAGAGGGAUCAUUCUUUCUAUCGGACAGAUAAAGAAACUGAGGUCCAGAAGUUAAGGGGCUCAGGCCCAAAUAGUUGUGCCUUGCAUUCUUAUAGUCCUUUUCCAUUUACGAUUUUGUUAGAUUUUUCUAAAAACAUACCUUUUCUGAAGAUCUUCACAAAUAAACUGGUACUACAUCCCCAAGAGUCUGGGAGACUUGGGUCCUCAAGUGAUACACAGUGACUGUGUGGUCAUGGGCAAGUCAUUUUCCCUCUGAGGUAAAAUGGCCCUUUUCCUGCAUAGCUGGUGGAGGAAGUGUUCACACAGGUUUGGUUUCUUCCUUUCCACCCCUCCAAAAUUAUGCUCCCUUCAGGAACCUCAUUAUGCUACCCAAAGGAUUAGAACAACCACCUCAUGUUUGAUGAUUUAGACUAAAAAUAUCUAGGGUCAGGAAGGAAUUUUCUACACAAUUAACAGAUGCCUAUCUGAAAGUUUGGAUUUUAUUCCUGAAAUGUCAACCUUUGGCACCCACAUGAGUAGGAUGUGGAAAUAGCUAUGAAGAAUACAUAACUGACUGUACCAGGAGAAAAUGGACUUUGGAACUCAUUCUUUGAGAAUGGGUUAACAGAAGCAUUUAUAAAUCUUGC